UCGACGGGGCCCCCGCGCCGCGACCCGGGACGCUUCGCGACCCCGCGGCUCAAGAAGGCGAGAGCGCCUCUGGGCAUAUGCAGAGCGCCUGCAAGGGCCCCCACCCCAUUGUAAAGUUAGGCGGAAGGAACCCCCCCCCCCCCCGCGGCAGGCACGGUUCCUUGCGACGGAUGGGUCGUCUCCCCUGCCUGAUCUAGGCGGACCUCCCGCGCUCCCCUCCUCCUCUGCCACCCGGACGGAGAGUCCGCUGGAAUUUCCGGGGAUCGGAUUACCCGCUGUGGCUUCCUCCAAACUUCCCGUAUGAACGCUUGAAUCCUCCGCAGUCACCCUUCUGUCUUCAUGAUGAGCUUGCUUGCCCCCGUCAGGAGGGACCGGGUCAUUGCUGAGCUGCCCCCAUGUUUUACCAAAGAGGCAGCCCUGCACUCCAGAACCUCCUUCCACCCCAAAGUGGUUGGGAUGUGCCAGGCCCAGCGCACCGGCACUGUGGGCAGGUUUAAAAUAUCUAAGAUCAUCGUGGUGGGUGACCUCUCGGUGGGCAAGACCUGCUUGAUCAACAGAUUUUGCAAAGACACCUUCGACAAAAACUACAAGGCCACCAUUGGAGUGGACUUUGAGAUGGAACGCUUUGAGGUGUUGGGGGUCCCCUUCAGUCUGCAGCUGUGGGAUACUGCUGGCCAGGAGCGUUUCAAGUGCAUUGCGUCCACCUACUACCGAGGAGCACAAGCCAUCAUUAUUGUAUUUGACGUGAACGAUGUGACUUCGCUUGACCACACCAGGCAGUGGCUGGCAGAUGCCCUGAAAGAGAACGACCCUUCCAACGUCAUCCUCUUCUUAGUGGGCACCAAGAAGGAUCUCAGUUCACCUGCACAGUACAGCCUCAUCGAGAAGGAUGCCCUCAAGGUAGCUAAAGAGAUGAAAGCAGAAUACUGGGCUGUUUCAUCACUCACAGGUGAGAACGUAAGGGAAUUCUUCUUCCGGGUGGCAGCGCAGACCUUUGAGGGCAGUGUGCUGGCAGAGCUGGAGAAGAGCAACGCUCGCCGGAUCGGUGACAUAGUGCGGAUCGUCAAUGACGAACGGGACUUGUACCUGACGGAGAAGAGACGGCGUGCCAAAUGCUGUCAGUGAUGGAACCUGCCCGGACCCCCGUUGUCCGCCUUGUCUUCGCACUGAACUCGUUUUGAUACCAAAGGACAGUAACCCCACCCAUUCUUCUCUCCCAAGCCGUGUGGCCCCAUUUCUGUGGUUGAUGACCGGCAGGCAGGCGAGGGGGGCCCUCCUGUGGGAGAAGCCCCUCCUGGCCUCCGUGGUCCUGCUGCCACUCCCUUCCUGGGUCCAGUCCAAUCUGGGAAUGGGCCCUGCCCUGGCCACCAUCUUCUGCCUCUUGGUAGAUCACAGCAGGUUUUUAGCCUAGGGUUUUAGCCAGAAUCAGCUUACCCACUCUCUUGGCCAUGCUCUGUACUCCUCCUACCGUGUUUCCCAGAAAAUAAGACCGGGUCUUAUGUUAAUUUUUGCUCCAAAAGAGGCAUUAGGGCUUAUUUUCAGGGGAUGUAUUUUCAGAGAAAUAUGGUACCUUCCCAAUUCAUCAAGGCAGGCUCUUGGCAAGCUGUUGCUUCCCCAUCCCGUGUGACACAAGCCGCAUCCUCAUUGGCAAGGAGCAUAGGACGUUGUCUGCGAUUCAUGAUCUGUAACUACUGGUAGGGCUUAUUUUUGGAGCAGGGCUUCUAUUUCACGCAUCCUCCAACCAUCCCAAAAAAUCAUGC